CGCCCGCGGCCUCGCGGCCAGUCGCAGCAGCAGCCCGGCCCGCCUGCCGCGCGCGUUCCGCCCCUCUCCCGAGAGCUACGCGGAGACGGAGCAGAGGCCUCGUGCCGUAACGGCCAUCGCGGCGGCCGCGGCGGCAUCCCGGUGCCCUCCUCAGAAUAAGCAUAAGAUGGGAAACAUUUUCUCAGUCGUCCUCAAUUGCUGUCCCUCUUGUAGAUGCUGACGUUGCUGAAAGAUGGCAGAAGAGGUGGUGGUAGUAGCCAAAUUUGAUUAUGUGGCCCAACAAGAACAAGAGCUGGACAUCAAGAAGAAUGAGAGGUUAUGGCUUCUGGAUGAUUCUAAGUCCUGGUGGCGAGUUCGAAAUUCCAUGAAUAAAACAGGUUUUGUGCCUUCUAACUAUGUGGAAAGGAAAAACAGUGCACGGAAAGCAUCUAUUGUGAAAAACCUAAAGGAUACCUUAGGCAUUGGAAAAGUGAAAAGAAAACCUAGCGUGCCUGAUUCUGCAUCUUCUGCUGAUGAUAGCUUUGUUGACCCAGGUGAACGUCUCUAUGACCUCAACAUGCCUGCUUAUGUGAAAUUUAACUACAUGGCAGAGAGAGAGGAUGAAUUAUCAUUGAUAAAAGGGACGAAGGUGAUUGUCAUGGAGAAAUGCAGUGAUGGAUGGUGGCGGGGUAGCUACAAUGGACAAGUUGGAUGGUUCCCUUCAAACUACGUAACUGAGGAAGGCGACAGUCCUUUGGGUGACCAUGUGGGUUCUCUGUCAGAGAAAUUAGCAGCAGUUGUCAAUAACCUAAAUACUGGGCAAGUGUUGCAUGUGGUACAGGCUCUUUACCCAUUCAGCUCAUCCAAUGAUGAAGAACUUAAUUUUGAGAAAGGAGAUGUAAUGGAUGUUAUCGAAAAACCUGAAAACGACCCCGAGUGGUGGAAAUGCAGGAAAAUCAAUGGAACGGUUGGUCUGGUGCCAAAAAACUAUGUUACCAUUAUGCAGAAUAAUCCAUUAACGUCGGGUUUGGAACCGUCACCUCCACAGUGUGAUUACAUUAGGCCUUCACUCACUGGAAAGUUUGCUGGCAAUCCAUGGUAUUAUGGUAAAGUCACCAGGCAUCAAGCAGAAAUGGCAUUAAAUGAAAGAGGGCAUGAAGGUGAUUUCCUCAUUCGUGAUAGUGAAUCUUCGCCAAAUGAUUUCUCAGUAUCACUAAAAGCACAAGGGAAAAACAAGCAUUUUAAAGUCCAACUAAAAGAGACUGUCUACUGCAUUGGGCAGCGUAAAUUCAGCACCAUGGAAGAACUAGUAGAACAUUACAAAAAGGCACCAAUUUUUACAAGCGAACAAGGAGAAAAAUUAUAUCUUAUCAAGCAUUUAUCCUGAUACUGCUGACCAAAAGCGACUGCUACAUAGCUGUAAUUUGUCAUAUAAUUGAAGACUGAGAAAAUGUCCAAUCAUGCUUGUUUGGAAAUUGCUGUUUCUAACUCCAUAUGAGAAUUGACUAUAAUACCUAAGUAUUUUUAUUAUAACUCAGCCCCUACAUAUAUAUUGCAUAUACAAAGCAUCUGCAUAGAGCAAUUCCUUAUCCUUGGUUUUCUGUUGCUGUUUUCUUUGCUGUUUUUCUGUUUGCUUCUAAUAUUAAGGUUUUUAUUUUGAAAAAUUAUGUAGAUCAAAAAUCUUUAUAUGGAAGAAUUUCUUUAUUGCCUUUAUUUCUUUGUAAGGGUGCCAUAUUAGCCACUUCCUCAGUGGUCUCUCUUCAGAUAAAAUUAUAUUGAUAUGCUCAAAUAAAUUUCUUGAAGAGUGUUAAUCUUUUCUGCAACUAAAUAGCAAUAAUAAAUGUUAAAUUAGAUAUUAUUUUCAGGUAUUGUAUUUGUUAAAAGCCAUUGUAAAUACCAAGUAUGUUGUGUCUGCCAUUUUUUAAAAUUCAUCCAUUGUCUUCAGUGUAAAGCAAAACAAGUUGGACGUAAAUUAGAAAACAUAUCUUGUGCAAUUUUAAUUUACAACUGUUGAAAACAAAGAUUUCUGAAUUAAAGUUUUUUUGGUGCUUUCUCAUCUGCUUAUUCAAGACAACAAAGCAGUUUUUGAGAUAGUUAGUUUUUCAGACUGUAAGUGGAUGCUCUUAUUUUUUUCCCCCCCUGGUAUUACUUUACCAAAGCAUCUUGUAUUAUGAUAUGUUGUAUCUGUGCCAUUGUGAAAAAAGCUAUGACCAAAUUUUGGGGAAGUAGGAGGCAAUGAGAUACUUGGUCUCCCCCACCUAGCCACUACACAUGCAUAAUUAUCAGGCAUGGUAUUUCUAUUAUUUCCAUUUCCUCCUUUCAACUUAGAGUUUUGUUGACUGGGACACUAACAUCGAUGUUUACCUGAAAAAAAGAUGGAAUGUGCUCAUGAUUAGAGAAAAUUAUUUUUUAAAUCUAUCUUUGCAGGUACUUCUACAUUUUUGUUUACCAAGUAAAAGUUUAGGUGUAUGGAUGAAAGGCUACUGUAGAAUUUGCUUCAGUAGGUCACAGAAGAAAACCAACUGGUAUUUUAUGGCCACAGCUUUUCUCCCCAUUAUUAAUUCUGAAGACUUAAAUUUAACAAAGUAACCUUCAGUAUUUGAGUUGAAAAUAUUUAUUGAAACCACAUCAUUUACUAAACAGUAGGAAGUCAUAUGGCAUUUUCAAAAAUUUCCCCAGUGCUGCAAUUAAUUUUUCCAUUCUUUAAUAUGUUAUAAACAUUUAGUAUACCAGAAUUACUGAUGUUAAGAUUGAAAAUGUCUAAUUUCAUGAGAUUCUGAUUUAGCGGGGUGGGGGGGUGUUAAUUUGUUUUAUUUUUUUCUUUAAAUCUUGAAAUUAUUUAAACUUAUAUUGCCACUGGGUGGCAGCCCUGGUUUCUCCCAUUAAGCACAAAAGUCAGCAAAUACAAUUAAGAGAUUGAUGUACAAUUUUUCAUCUUCAUUACAUCUGCUUUUAAAGCCUUUCAGUUCAUAUUUCAUUAUUCUCAGUCCCCCUUUGUUUAUUAAGAUGAUUAUUAGUAGAUAAGUUUAAUGGAAAUAAAAGUCAUGUAUGCUUACCUUUUUUUGCUGUAAAAUCAUUUUAGUGUAAGUUGAAGAAAACAGCUGUAAAGUGGUUGUAAAAUGACUAGGUAGUAAACAUAUUUCUAUUUAAUCUUAAACAUUUGAUGCUUGCUUUUUGUUUUCCAUCUCUUUUUGUCCUGUCUCAUCCCUGUCCCUCCCCUGCCCAUCUUCCUUAUAAAAAAUAAUGGAUGUUUUUUGAAAAUGGAGCAAUUAAUACUUUGCAUCACAGACAUGAGCUUCCCUGGCAAACCCCACUGAGCUGAUGUUAAGGAUUUUGAGAAAGUAGCUAGGAAUGGAGUAGCACUGGGAGCAGAAUGCGUAUUUAUAUCUCUAUGUCAUGAUUUUAAGAAGCACUGCGUUUACUCAUGUUCUACAAGGCAAAAUAGAAGGGCAUCUGAUUGUCCAACAAAACAAAACUUCAACAGCAUCCAGGAGGGCAUGCAGGCAAACCAGACUAGAUAGACACUCUUUUAUUUGUUGAAAUCAGACCAGAGAAAACCACCUCCACACAAAUAUAAAAGGUAUCACCGUUAAUCUUUUCUCUUUCUAUUGAUGUAGCAUUUUUGUUCUAAUUACCUGUAUCAUGUUUUUUCUCCAGUCCUUCCUUUAGUCCAUUUCCUGUGAUGUGUAUAGGUGGGCUGCAAAUCCCAGGGAGGUGAGCCAAUAAUAACUCUUAUUGCUCUUACACUGUUGUGUGCUCUUCUUAUGGGAUGAAAACUUUACUGGGAACUACUUAAUUUUGUACUUCAAUAUUUUAUAUAUGUUUUAAAAAGUCUUAAACCAAUCUUUACACCAAUGGAUGGCUUUUUAAGCUUGAAUUUUGCCUGAAACAAUUUUCUUAAGAACUAGAACAACCUUAGGAAACAUCUACAUUGCUAGCUAGUAUCAGGACUUGUAUCAAAAACCAAGUUUCCUUAUUCCCAGCCUGGUACACUCUGUCAUGACACAGUGCCCUCUGUAUGCUAGCAUUUAGACUAGGAGAGGCCUGGAAAGAGCAGUAUUUAAGAAAUUUUCAGCAUGUGAGAUGUUUAGCUAUCAGUUUAAUACACAUAACAUCCACAAUCCUGUCCAAUCCAUUUCUACAAAUAAUUUCUCCAAAAUCAAGAUUUUGGAGAACUUUAUGCUCAAUGAAAAGCUGUUGCUGCUGUGUCUAAUGUUUGGACUUAAAUUCUUAGGGCACAGCUGAAUAUAUAUUUACACAUGUGUUACACAUCUUUCACCAUACACAGUAACAUGUACAUCUGGCACUGUUAAAGACUGUCACAGAUACAUCACAUCACAAAAGAGGCUAAGUGCAAUGCACUGCCAUUGCUGGAGGAAUAAAAAGGCCUAGCAGAUGAGCAACUAGGGUUGUUAGAAUAAGGUCAUCCUUAUAUGGCUACAUAUAUAUCUGUUGUCUGGGUACGACUUUGUAAGAGUAGGAAAAGGCGCCUCUUCCCCCAAGACAAGCCCUGCACCUUCCCUUGUUGAGAAGUCCAAAUUUCCCCACCAUUUUGUCCAUAUUCCCUGUGCAGGAUACAACCAAGUAGGAAUACGGUUUAACCCUCACAGUGCUUCAGAAAGUAAUUGUUAACAUUUAAAAACAGGGUGAUUUCACAUUAAGAGUUCUGAAAAGUGAGAAGCUGAUAAUAAUUGGAGUUGAAUUCCCACAAGGCAACUAUUGGAUGGAACCUAGUAUGGGAGCGAUACCCUAAUUUUUUUUUUACCAAUGCACAUGGUGAAAACAAUUCAAACUAAGUAUGUCUCCUCAUUCUUACCCCCUAGUUCACAUUUCCAAAUGCACUAUUACAUAUUAUGUGUUUCUCCUGAAACAUGGAGAGCUUUGGGUUUGGAAUCUGGAAACUAAUUUUUCAGAAACACUUCAGAUGCAGUGUCCAAAUCAAUGAAUUAAGAAUGCAGCAUUACAGUGCAGUUUAUCUUUUCCACUUAGUAUUUUGGUAGAAGAUAAAGGGGGUCCUUUGUGACCUUGUAUUUGCUUAUAUCUUAUAACUGUUUACAAAUGUCUUCACAACUGUAGUUACUUCCUCCUUAAAAGAUGUUUGAUACAGGAUAAGUGACAUCUUGUUUUAUGUUCUGAACAGCAUUCAGUGGACUUCUUAAAAAAUGUCACAUUGCUGCUUCUAGGGAAAACCAUUAUUUGAUUUUAUUGGAAAGCAAGGUAGGAAGCUCCUCUUUUCUGAUAAGCUGGUUCUGUUUGUUUAGCAAGUUUAUGACUCAACUUAUUUUAUAUGACUCAACUUGUCAUCUAAACACAGAGCAGCAGAUUGUGCAUACUCCACACCCGAAUUUCUUGCUGUUACAUGACUAAACCAAGUAACCAAGGACCUAAAAUACAUUUUUCUAGUUUACUAGUGAGGUGUUCUUUUGAUCCAGAAGUACACACAGUUUUCUGAGACUUGUUUAUUUAAUGAAUAGAACCAAAAUAGGGCUUCGUGAGGCUUGGAAGCAUUUCAGUUAUCACUGGCCAUCUUUAGAGAGGUCUUAAACCAAAGUGUCUUUUUGAGAGUAUUUUUGCUGGCCAGAGCACUUUCAUUAUCUCAGAUAUUUCAGAAUUGGCCUGAUGCUUAGCACAAACAUUGACCUACGAACCUGGCUGAUUUUUUAAUGCUCCCAUCCAAAUUAGUUUUUCUAGCUGUUUUUAAAGCUCAGGAAAACUGAUCUCAGUAUUUUGAAAUAACGUGCAAAUCUUAUUUGUAAUUAGAACUACAGAAGACAAAAGUACUCAAUUUCCAUGUUUUCUUGUACCUCAUGGAAUGUUGAUGACUUUCAAACAGGAAACAAAUACUGUAAAAAAGGUAUUUAACAUAUUUAGUUGGUUUAAAUAAGUCUGUGGACUCAGUAAUUUGUAUAUUAAGACUAUGUAGAAAAUUUAGAGAUAGCCCUUGGGAAACUGUGGAGAUGGCUAGAUUCCAGAAUGAGACUUCAGUGUUGUCUACUUUAGGCUAAACACAGAAUUGUUAUUAAAUUGAUAUUUUUUGAGUCCUUAACGGAAGAAAUUAGUAAUCCCUGAAUAAGCAUCUUUUCUAGGAGCAAGAAAUGCCAAAAACUUGCUGUUUGUUAAGUUUUCUAGACUGUAAGAGGAAUGCUACAGAGCAAAUACUGGUUGCAUCAGGGCAUAUUGUGCGAAUCACUUGGUGUCAAGAUGGGAAAAAUAUUUUUGAACUGCUCUGUCUUUGUGUAUGAUUGUGCUUGUAUGUUUAGCUUUUGGAGAAAUUUAUCCAUUGUCCAACAAACUUCAGAUCCUGGAUUGCUCAGGUGCCAGACUGUCCUAACUUAGAAAUAUAAUAAUGAAAAAAAUGGACACAGUUGUCCAAGAGCUAUCAUAAAACUUAAAUAUCUAGUGAUGUAAUGCCUAAGGAAGUGCUCUGAAGGAAAAUUAGAACAGGUUGAGGGGGUUGGAGAGUGAGAAUGGGUGUUAGUUGAUAUAGGAUGAUCAAUGGAGGCCUCUGGUAAAACUGACCUUUGAGUACAGUGUGUAUAAUAGGAUCACUGCUAACUAGAAUUAAACCAGUGGUUGAAUGAAAAUACAACAACCAAAAUUCUUCAAAAAUAAUGUUGGUCUUCACUAUUACAGAUCGUUUUUUUCUGGCUUUCAAAGUUUCGUUUAAUUAAAUGGUAAUUGUUUUACUUAAA